AUGAUGCUAUCUAUUGUUGAAAGUAAACGUAAUAUACCAAAUUUAAUACUUGAUACUUUUCGCUACACACAAACUCAAAUUUUAAUUACAACUGUUUAUUGGAAAUGUGAAAAUCCAACUGGUAUAUUACCUCCACGAAAAAAGUUAUUUGUAAAUCGAAAUGUACGAUUACAUAAAUUAAACGAACGUUUUAAACAACAAACAUCAACGUUGAAUAAAUUUCUUGAAAAAUUUCUGGGAUUAAUUGGAAUAAAAAAAAAAAGUGGAAAAUAUUCUAUUAAUCGUCAAACAAUCGUUGUUAUUGUUAUACUUAUAUUGAUUCUUAUUGGAAUAAUAAUUGCUAUUCCGAUUGUUUACACAACUGGAAGAAACCCAGGAGAAUCUGAUGAUCAAAAUACAAAAAAUAUUUCAAAAAACUAUACAGGAAAUGACUGUGUACAAGAAAGCAAAACAAAAGCAAUAUUUUAUAUAUCAAAUGCGGAACCAUUUCCAUAUAAAUUUCAUAGUUAUUUUUAUCGUCCAAGUGUUAUUUCAAAAACAGUAUCUUUAAUAUUUGGUUUUCGUCAUGAUUUUAAAUCUUGGUCAUUAGAUAAAAUCUCAUUUGUUGAUACAACAGAUAAUAAAAAUCUAAUUAAAGAUGGAGAUUUUGAAUCAAAUUAUUUAAAUAAAUAUUAUUCUCAAUGCAUUUUAUCAAAUACACGAAGUUCAACAAGUGAUAUUUUAUUUGAUAUACCUUAUUCGGGAGACUUUUAUUAUAAUGAUGAAACAAAAGUUGGAAUGACUUAUUUAUUUCAACAAAUUGAUGUUAUUGGAGGAAGAUAUUAUAAUAUUUCAUUUUAUCUUGAAAAUCGAGGUUUUUAUGACAAUACUAAUGAAAACUAUUUUGUUCUUCUUGUUGCAACAGUAAAUUAA